CGGGCGUCUGCAUCGCAACUCCUAAAGAAGUCAGUGCAUUCAAAGUGUUUUUUAUUCAAGUCGAUCUUCCCUAUAAAGUAUCACGAAAGGAACAUUUCAACAUCAAAGUGACCGUGUUCAAUUAUAUUUAUAAAGAUAUGAACGCUCGUGUUUAUCUGAAAGGCAUAAGAGGUCUUUGUUAUGGCUCCUCACCCGGCGAGCAGUCUCCACCACAGCUUGUCACCGUGGCUGACAGCGUUUAUUGCCAAAGUGUUUUGUCAAGCAGAACAAGUUGUUCAAGGAAUUUCCGGAAGAGAUGUCAUUCAAAAGACAUUGUCUUACAUUUCCAAAAAUAACAAUAUUGGAUCUGGGGACUAUCGGGACGACCAUCCAGUUUAUCAUCGUGAAAUGCAGGGUGUUUUAGGACAAGGAGACAGGACAUUAGAUCCCUCGUUAACUGCAUUUGUUCUGACGUCAUUGCAAGAAUGCACUGAUUGGACACAGGAGGUCGAAAUGUCUGUACGUCGUGCUAUAAGUGCUCUUGAGCGAGUUCGUUAUAAUAAUAUAGAAAAUAAUCCGUACUUACUAGCAAUUUCAACCUACGCGCUGGCAUUAUAUGACAGUUCCAAAAAUAACGACUUUAAGCAGAGGUUGUAUGCCAUCAGAAAGGACAUAGGAGGAAGAAUAUUCUGGUCAAAUCAUAACGGCGCCCCUAACGCAUAUGAUGUGGAGACGACGGCAUAUGCUCUUCUUGCGUUCUUGAAAUUUGAUGACUUUAAGACAUGUCAUAAGAUAGUGGCGUGGUUGACCCAACAAAAUAGUGCAAUUGGAGUGUGGUAUACAACACAGGACACUGUUGUCGCCAUGCAAGCUCUCGCGACGUACAGCGCACGUACGUACAAUCCAGACACAAACCUCGAAGUGAACAUUGAAAAAGCAGGCGUUGCGUGGAGAAAGAAAACGAUUGUAAACAGUGAAACGUCACAAGUUUUCAUUUCAAACCUUCCUGUGGAUGAAAACGACAGGAAAUUCGAUGUAACAGUCAGUGGACGGGGGUCGGGUGUAAUGAAGAUUGAAAUGUUUUACAACAGAAAGGCUCGGGACGACGAACUGUGCCCGUUUGAUUUCAGCACCAUAUCUGUGAAGAAUGUUAUUUCCGCAAUUGCAAACAAUCCAGAUGCGCAGCGUAUUCUUGCUGGAAGGCAGUGUGACGUGUGUGGGUAUUGCAACGAUCCUGUUGAUCCUGACUAUGAUGAUGAUAUGAUAAUCGACCGUAAAAAGCGACAGGCAAUACAAGGAGUGCAAAAUCAAAAAUGUAUUCAAUUCACAGUACGGUCUAAGUCGGCCAGUAAUGACGCAGGUAUGUCAAUCGUGAGGGUCAACUUGGAGACAGGAAUCCGAGUUGUGGAAUCCGACUUGAUUAAGAUGCAGAACAACAAGGUCUUGCCGCGCUAUGAAAUGCCGUCGGACGGUCAAGGAUUUAUCAUCCUUUACCUGAACAGUAUCACGAGUAAUGCAACCAACCUUAUAUUCAGACUAGAAGAUCAUUUUUCUGGCAACGAUUCAAGUCGUCAGCCCGCAUCUAUUAAGGUGUACGACUACUAUAAACCAGAACGCUCAUGUAUGAAGCAGUAUGGCAUUGGCCAAAAUCAUGGACUUGAAAUAAAGUACAAUUGUGACGACGGUAGCGACCAGUGUCAAUGCAUGCAAAGUCAGUGUGUUAAGCAAGUGAAUCAGGAGCUGUUCGAAAUGGCUUUGAAAGUUAAUCAGGCGAGUCCGGCUCAACGAAAGAAUCUUCCCAAACCAGUCGAUGCAUUAAUGGAAUAUGCGUGCAACUUUGAGAAAGCUCACUAUGUUGUUAAAGUCGAGGUGGAAACGGUAGAUUACGAUUCGACAAGGGAGAUACAGUCUGCACAAGCUAUUAUAAAGGAGGCACCGCUACAAGGUCAUCAAAAGAUGGAAGUGGAUGACGCAAUUGAAUUUGAAUGGCCCAUUGGAUGUACGCAACCGGCCUUGACAGAGAAAAAGAUCUAUUACGUUAUAGGAAAGGAAGGGACAGCUUUCAACGACGCGGGAGGGAUCAGUUUGAAAUAUGAACUGACGGGCACGGCGCUUGUCAUCGAUCCAGCGUACAAACCCCUGUUACAGACCGUAAUGAACAAUUUCGUUAAGGAGCUGAAGACCAACAAAGGAUGCCUGUCAUAGGUGUUGUAUCUCCAAUAUUUGGCCAUGCUUGCGUCGAAGCUCUAGUAUUGGCUCACACGCCCAAGUGUUGUGUUGUGUUUGACGAGAGAGGCAUAGGUUUUUAACAAACAUAUUUGGAUGUUCCCUUUUAAGUUAGACAUCAUUUGUGCCGUACAGUAUGCUUGUUAGCACAUUUUCGUAUUCAUAAUGGUCUUAAUCCUACAUGAAGAUACUUAAAAGCAAUCAAUCUCGAAUAUGAUUUAAUUGUUCUAACUUAAUCAAAAUGUAUUAUUUUGUUCAGUUUUAUAAAUACAGAUGAUUUUUGGAUCUGAGAAUUCAUCUGAGAAGUGGGCAGAUUCAAGAUUUAUUAUUAAUAAAAAAUUCUAAUCGUCUAACAGCACCUUAAUAUUAAAUCUAACUCGGUGUCCACCAUUUUACAAAACAAUAAGACCAAUAUGGAAAUGUCAUAACAUAGUUUCAAAGAAGGUCUUAGCGUAUAAGAAAUAUCAUUUAGAUCCGAAAAAAGCUGACCGAUUUCCGAAUACUGUCCUGCGUAAGAACAUGAGAACUUAUGAAAAAUCAACAAUUAACAUUAAUGUAGCAUCUCUACUUUAUUUGCUAAAAUGGAGAAUGAUAAUGUGGAUUUUAGAAUAUAAUAAUUCAUGCGAUAGAGCUGUAUAUUAGAAUAUGUAAACUUGUGUAAAUUAAUUGGUUGCUAUAGGAAAAGUUGCGUAUACGCUUAUUGUCCGAUAACACACAAUAUUGCAAAGUUUGACCCGCAUGCUACUUUCGUUUUUUAUCGUAGAAGAUAGUUGUGAUUGUAUAAAUUGAAAUCAAAUAUAAUUGAUAUAUAUAAUUGAUAUUAAUCUGUAAUUAAAAUAUUGAAUGAAUAAAAGUUUGCUAGCUU